CCUCUCUCUAGACCCGCUGGGUCGUGGGGUCCGGGCGGUCAGCCGCUAUGCCGAGCCCCCGGAGGAAUGUAGACGGACGGCUGCUGGGCACCUCCGCUUCGAGCAGCAGCAGCAGCAGCAGCCCUAGCAGCCCGGCCCAUGGGGGCGGCAGCAGGUUCGAGUUCCAGUCCCUGCUCAGCAGUCGUGCGCCGGGCGCUGACCCCACCUGCGCCCGGCUCCGCGCGUCGGAGAGCCCUGUGCACCGCCGCGGUUCCUUCCCCCUGACCGGGGCUGGACCCUCGCAGGCGCCCUCGGCCCCCCCGCCUGACGAAGAUCGCAUGGACCUGAACCCCUCGUUCCUGGGCAUCGCCUUGCGCUCCCUGCUGGCCAUCGACCUGUGGCUGUCCAAGAAGCUGGGGGUGUGCGCGGGAGAGAGCUCGUCCUGGGGCAGCGUGCGACCCCUUAUGAAGCUAUUGGAGAUCUCGGGACACGGCAUCCCCUGGCUCCUGGGCACCCUCUACUGCCUGUCCAGGAGCGACAGCUGGGCCGGGCGCGAGGUGUUGAUGAACCUGCUCUUCGCCCUAUUGUUGGACUUGCUACUGGUGGGCCUGAUCAAGGGGCUAGUCCGCAGGCGCCGCCCAGCACACAACCAGAUGGACAUGUUUUUUACCCUCUCUGUGGACAAGUACUCCUUCCCCUCUGGCCACGCCACGAGGGCUGCCCUGGUGUCACGGUUCAUUCUGAACCACCUGGUGCUGGCCAUUCCACUGAGGGUGUUGGUGAUACUGUGGGCUUUCAUCUUGGGCCUCUCCAGGGUCAUGCUGGGGCGGCACAAUGUCACAGACGUGGCUUUUGGCUUUUUCCUGGGCUACAUGCAGUACAGCAUCGUGGACUACUUUUGGCUCUCACCGCACAAUGCUCCAUUCCUCUUUGUACUAUGGAACCAACCCUGACACCACCUUACUCAUCAUGGCACCAGGAGAUCUGAAGAUUUCCAUGAGCAAUGAUGCCAUCAUAAACCAGCACCCAUCUCGCUUGCCCCUUAGGACAUUUCAGACUUCCUUUGGGAUUUACUGUCAUCUUGAUGGGUUGAGCACAUGCUGGCUGGCCAUUACUGAGCACAACCAUAUUUAUGGAAAGCAAAAAAAUGCCUCAUUAUUAUAUAUUUAUUCAAUAAUUAUAUGUCCAGGACAGCAGCAGAGACUCCAGGCUGGGGUGAUUAUAAUGUUGCUUUUUUCUAAAAACUGACAUAAUUUGUGUUUUGUAGUAAUCCCAUAAAUCAACAUAUUUGUAAAUUGAACUUGGGAAGAGAAACAUGCUUAUUCUGUAAAUAUACAUGCACAUGAGCCACAAACUAACUCUAGUCCUUUUUUUAAAAGUAGAUUUUAAGCAGUAUUUUAGGAGUAUAAGACAUAGACUUUUCUAGUGUGCUUCUUGAAGAUUUGUUGCCACAUCUGGGGAGAUGUCUUCUCAAUGCUAAUGUUCUUGGUAAGCUAUUUGACUGUUGACUCUUCCAUCUUUGCAGAGUGGGUAGUGAGAAGCAAGAUUAUAGUACUGUCUCUCUCUCUUCUCCCUCGGUCCCCCUACCUCCUCAGAAAAUCUGUAAAGAUAUUUAUUUUCCACUACUCUAAUACAGUCUUCUAGCUUUCAGAAACAGGACAAGAUAAUACUUGAAGAAACACUUAAAAGUUGGGUAUAUCUACAAUGCCCAUAGAAAGGGAAUGCUGGGACCAUGGCCUCAUGCUUGAUUUUGUUGACAAUAAGUAGCAUGGCAUAACAAUGGGUAGAAAAUCUAAGUUGCUGGGGAAGUCAAAAUGAAGAGUUGUAGCAUAUGAUAUGAGCCUGUAUGGGAGGAGGUAGGGUCCUACUGCCUAUGAUCUCUUCAAAAUAAAUAAUGCUCCUCUAUUCAGGUAGUAAAAUGGGAACAUAAUGGAAUUAUUUGCAAUGCCAGAGCAUAAACAUUUUCAUAUAUGUCACAAGGAUGACGCCACAUAUUGUAGUUUUUCAUAUGGAAUUCCUUGUACACAGCAUACUUUAGGUAACAGUAUUUAAUCUGAAUUCAUCGAGGGAAGUCUGCUGCUAUACCGGGCUUAAGAUAUAACUAACUCCUAAAUUUCCAUUAACAUUGAUGUUUGCAUUUAAAGAAUUAAUCCAUGGUGCCUCCCCACAUCACAAGACCAAAGACCACCCAAUGCAGGGUGACUUACUCUUUGACUAAGAAAGACUGAAGUGGGUAUGUGCUUUAAAUGUUGCUCUCUCUGAAAAUAAGGAUCUUUAAUUAUCCACGCAAAUUGGUGUCGUUAGGUAAUCUUUAUAAUCAAAGAGUUCGACAUUUAUGAAAAGAAUUAGGACCCUUGGUCUGUCAUACUGGUAACAGUAUGAAGAAUCGUGAUAAGUAGUCUCUCACUGGGUGGAAGCAUUGAACUUUCUGGAUGUGGGAGGCAUGCUGAAAUAGAAAAAGCUGCUUCUCAAAAUAAAGUUAUUUACAUUCCCACCACAUCCUGAAGACAUACUACCUCUUCACUUGCCAAAGCAGCCAAACAGAAGCUCUAAGUGGUUUGCUCUGUUUAGCCUUGGGAGAAAAUGCUUUAUUUUAAUCCAUUGUUUAGGCCAGAUUAUUUGCAAGCAAUGAUAUUACCUCUUUGCAAUGUAUAAAUCUAAAUAUUGGAGUCUCAAAUUAGGUUUACCCUCUGGUUCCUGGUUAUAUUUCUGGAAUUCCCUGUUUUCAUUGCUAGAGUUUUAAAACACAGGUCGAUUAGCUGAUGCUUUUGGAGCACUGUAAGUAAUUAAUUGUACACUGAGGAAUGACUUUAAA